AUGGAAGCUAAUGAAAGAGCAAGUGUGGUGGAGGUGAAUAGCGGAGAAAACACGAUGCAGCUUUCGAUGGCAGACAAGAAUGAUCAGCAGCAACUACAACAGCCAUUCUCAAUCUAUUCAUGGAAGCAAAAGGUGGCCAUUUCCAUCCUUGUUUCAUUGACAGGUUUGAUAUCUCCAAUGUCAGGAAGCAUUUAUCUCCCGGGAUUGAAUGCCAUCCAAGAGGAAUUAAACACGACAGCGACGCUUAUCAAUCUCACGGUGACAUGUUACAUGGUGUUUCAAGGAGUUUCUCCAACCUUGUGGGGCUCGCUUUCUGAUUCUUGGGGACGUCGUCCAAUCUACUUGUCGACCCUGAUUGUGUAUUUAGGCACUUGUGUGGGUUGUGCUCUUGCACCCGACUAUGCAUCAUUGCUGGUAUUACGUAUGCUUCAAGCUUUUGGAUCAAGCUCUGUUAUUGCCUUGGGAUCUGGCGUCAUGAGUGAUAUUGCAUUACCAUCAGAGCGAGGCACUUUGAGUGCUUAUGUAUCAUCAAUGCAACUUUUAGGACCUGUCAUUGCGCCCAUUAUUGGAGGUGCUGUGACCGAACAGCUCGAUUGGAGAUGGACGUUCUGGAUCAUGACCUUUUACACAGGGAUCCUAUUCCUUGCCAUCCUCUUGUUCUUACCAGAGACGUUGCGUAUCCUGGUAGGCAAUGGCUCUGGAUACGCCAACCCGACACCAUUGCAGUGGCUUCAGCAUCAUCGCCGCAUGAGGGAUUUACCGAAUCCAUCGAUCGAAGCAAAGCCCAAUAUGGAUCAUCGCAAUCGACCCAACCUAUUAGCCCCCUUGCUCUACUUUCUUCAGCCGGAACUAGCAAUGAUUUUAUUCUACUAUGGGAUUAUUGCUGGUGUCAUGUAUGCUAUUAUGGUGUCGAUCCCAAAUUUGUAUGCAUCCAUCUACGGUCUCAACGAGCUUCAAGUGGGGUUGUGCUACAUUCCCCUUGGUGUUGGUUGUGUUGUAGGCGCAUUCUCAAAUGGCCAUCUUAUGGAUAAGCGAUUUAAGGCAACAGCGAAAAAGUAUGGAUUGGAGCCGCCCAAUAACAAACAAGCUCGUUUUGCAUUGCCUGGUGAUUUUCCACUUUUUCAAUGUCGACUAAAGACCUUGUGGAUCUACGCAGUGGUCGAAUCUAUCGUGACACUUACAUAUGGAUGGGUGCUACAACAGCAUGUUCAUAUUGCAGUGCCUUUGAUUUUGCAACUUCUUUUUGGUAUAUGCGUUACCGGUACUAGUAAUGCAAUGCAAACGCUGAUGAUAGACCUGAAUCCUGGCAAAGGGGCAUCGAUUACGGCAUCCAACAAUUUAUCUCGUUGUCUGUUGGGUGCAGCAGCAUCGGCGGUCAUUGAACCUGGAAUCCAAGGGAUAGGUGUUGGAUGGAUGUAUACAACGCUUGGCUUGAUUCUAGUUAUCAAAAGUGGUGUUUUGCUCCCAACGCUACUUAUUUUUGGCUCAAAGUGGCGUAAAGCACGGAUUGAAAGUAGUGAUUAUCAUUAG